AUGGGUAAGAAGCCUCAAAAGACCAAGGAACUUUCAGUAGCAAUCGCUGAGGCUUCAACAGGAGGAGGAGGAGAAGAGGUCCAGCAACAAACACAGCCUCAGGCUCAGCCUCGUAGAAAGAGAGGUAGACCUCGAAAACAUGUUGAGAAAAGUGAAACUGAAACUGAAACUGACGAGAGAAAAGAAGAGGAAGCAGCAGAAGUUAGUCAAAACCAAUCAAAGAAAGUAAAAGUUACAGCGGAAGAAGAACAACAGAAACAAGAACAAGAACAAGAGCAACAUGAGGAAAAGGCACAAGCGAAGGCAGAGGCAUCAUCAACUCCUGUGGGACAAUCCAUGACGAGUGAGCCUCCAAGAAGGAGAUCAAGAAGAAAAAGCCAACCCAGAAAGAGCAGCUAA